UGCACUGCCUAGGCGAGUCUCCAAUAGAGGAGUGUUCCCCAAGACCAACUGAGGCCUGUAUAAAGACUUGGGUUUAACUAGUACCAAGCACCUGCUUUACCAUAGGAGGUACUAGACUACUUCUUGGGGAUACAGACACAGAACCAAGAAACACAACAUGUAAAUGGCUACGAUUAUCCAAGACAAUGGAGCAGGAGAGACUCUUUGUAGGAAGUAGUGCCCAGAUAAGACAAAGAUGAGGAGACAGGGCUUCCAGGGCUGGCCUAAGGAGGUCAAUUUGAUGGGAGGCGUUAUAUUUAAUGAUGAAUCAUAAUAGCCCAAAUUUAUUAAGUCCCUUCUGUGUGUCAGGGACUGUGCUAAGAGCUGUACAAGUACUUAUCUCAUUUGUCCUUCACAUCAACCUUUCGAGGAAGAUGCUAUUAUUAUCAUCCCCAUUUUAUAGAUAAGGAAACUGAGGCAGCAGAAGUCAAGUCACUUGCCCAGGAUGUCACAUAGCUAGACAUAAACUCAGGUCUUCCUGCCCCUGGAGCUGGUGCACUGCCACGUUUCAGGAAGGACAUUGGUAAGCUGGAGAACAUUCAGAGGACCAUAGGCUGGGAAGGGCCAUUUGAGGAUUAGGCAGAAGAAUUUGAGAAUGUUUAGUCUGAAGAAGAGAAGACUUGGGAGGACAGAAGAGCCAUUUUCUAGUAUGUAGAAGAGGGAUUAGACUUGUUCUUUUGCUCUGAGUUCUACCCACAGGAGCCAGUGGAUGGAAGAAAGUUAAAAAAAAAAAAAAAAAAAAAAGCAAAAACUGGCUAAGCACGGGAGCCACCAUGAGGAAGGAGAGGGGGCCACCUGCCGAGGUGGGUGGUGCCUCCUUGUCAUUGAAACAAAGCCUGGAGGACUACUAACUAACAGAGGUUGUUGUCAUUCAAUCAUGGUUGGGUCAGGAAGCCUGGAGUCUCUGCCCUCUCCAACAUCGAGAGAUUCUCAGUGACACUGAGCCCCUGAGGACACCCUUUCUCACUCCAGUUUCUUCCAGGUUCAAAGCAUGAAGAAGAAAGCUGGAUUUUACCAUACAAGCCACCAUUUACAGGGCCUUCUUAAUAAAUACCAAAGGUCUCUAGAAGCCGAUUCUGAGGCCCACCCUCAGUUUCCUUUAGACAAAGAGUAGCAGGAAGAUGCAGCCCCCCGUCGUCGCUGGUUUAUAAAGUUUGCCUUAAUGAAUACAUCUUUGAACACUAUUCCCAUUCUCUUCAGGCAGCCUGCAGUCUGUGGCCUGUCCCAGAUUACUAGCAGCCUGUAUCUCGGCAAUGGCUUGGCCGCUAAUAACAAAGUCAUACUAUCCAGCAACAAAAUCACCACCGUCAUUAACGUGUCCGUGGAGGUGGUGAACACCUUCUAUGCCGACAUUCAGUAUGUCCAAGUGCCUGUGGCUGACACCCCGCUCUCCCGCCUGUACGACUUCUUCGACCCAAUCGCCGACAAGAUCCACACGGUGGAAAUGCAGCAGGGCCGUACGCUGUUGCACUGUGCAGCUGGCGUUAGCAGGUCAGCGGCCCUCUGCCUGGCCUACCUCAUGAAGUACCACUCGAUGUCCCUCCUGGACGCUCACACCUGGACCAAGUCCUGCCGACCCAUCAUUCGGCCUAACAACGGCUUCUGGGAACAGCUCAUUCAUUACGAAUUCAAACUCUAUGGCAAAAACACAGUUCGGAUGGUGAACUCUCCCUUUGGCGUGAUCCCGGAUGUUUAUGAGAAGGAGGUCAGAGUGAUGAUCCCGCUGUGAUGGUAAUUAGCUUUCUGCUAUUCAGGGUGAAGGGUGCAAACAUGUCAGUCACUCACUCUAGACCAUGGUCUGACUUGAAAAUAAACUCUUCAACUCAAGCUUUACACUUUGAUCCAUACCCAAAAGCGGAUGAGAAUGUGAGGUCAAGGAGUGAGCUCUGCUGGGGCUUCCCCCUUGAAUCAGCAUCUAUAAAGAAUAAAACUCAGUCACUUCAAAAGUCAUCAAGAACUUAGUGGUCAAGAACCUCCAUGGGCCCAGGCACAGCUCAGCCUGGAUUCCCCAAGGUUAGUCAGGGAGAAGGGUUACUGAGCAGGGAAGUCGGGCUCUGGACAUUUGCUUGGCAAAGAGAGGAGCCAACAGGAGGGAGCCUCUUGGAGCUGAUCCGAGAAGGCUGAGGACAAAGUGACAUGUUUGGAAAACUUGAGUCUGGCCAGUGACCAUGUCCGCCAUCUUCCUAAGGCCAGAUCUAUGCCCUUUCUCUCUUAUUCUGCCUGUUGCUUCCCCCUCCAGUUACUUUCUGGUGAGUUCCAUCCUUGAGAACCAAGAGGCCCUAACACUUGGGAGAUUUGGGGGCUGACCAGUAACUGAAAGGGGACUUUUCCAUGCCCUGAGCCAAGCCAAUGUGCCCCUGCUCUCUUCCCUUUCCUGAGAGACAAGGUGGCCUCAUAAGUGUCCAGAGGUCAUUCCAGUUGUCUCACUGAAAGGAAACACUGCAGGAGUAACCCACUUCAUCUAGACCUUUCCUAAGUACCCUCCUGAAGUUCAUCUAACUAAGCCUUUCCUUGGCAUUUAUAAUACCGGCUAGGUAGGUUAGCUAAGACCCAGGUACUCCAGCUCCAUUCCCUUAAAAUCAACAGCUUAUAUCUGUGCCUGCUGAAAUCCAUUUCAGGGAACCAAUAAAUGGUACCAAGUAGUCAGGCUGUGCCUGUACGUGGCCUCCUCUAGCCUCCCUAGAGGCCCUUUAAGUGGGAUGAUAUCUAAUGAUCCGCUAAAUGGGUUUCUAGCAGGGUUCUCUGGUGCAGUUUUUAUCAGCUGAAAGAUCUUUUACAGCAAAGGAUCCUUAAUAAAACAUCUGAAAUUUUAAAAA